AUGUUUGGAAGACACAUCCGUUUGCCCACAGAUCUCCUAUUGGGAGCAGCGGGAGGUGAGGAAGAAGGGAACGUGACCGAGUGGGUGGGGCGGCACCACCAUCGUCUCCACUUUGCCUACGAGCAGGUCAAUAAGAAGAUCCAGGCAGCCGGGGAGAAGAACAAGAGGUUGUAUGAUAGAACGGCGCGGGAUGCUCCCCUGCUCCCUGGAGAAAGGGUACUAGUCCGGGACAAUCGGCGACUAGGUGGAGGCAAGCUGAGUGAUCGGUGGGAGGCGAGGCCGUACAUUGUGCAACGGCAGCAGAGACCGGGACAGCCGGUCUACACGAUCCGGCCCGAAGGGAAGCCUGGGCCGGAUCGGGUGGUCCAUCGGAAUAUGAUCCGCCCUUGUCCAAAUUAUCCCCCACUAGCUACAGAGGUGGCUCCUAAGGAGCCGGAGGCUGUUACCCCCUGGUAUGGAGGGUGGGUCGUCUUUCCAAGAGGCCCGGCGGAGGGGCCGGCCCGAGUGGCCCCAAGGGAGCCUGAGAACUUACCUGUCGUAGUGGGUCCAGUGAACGACGUAGCCCCAGAGGCUCCAGGAGAGCCGGAUAACUUACCUGCUGAAGGAGCCCCAGAGGCUCCAGGAGAGCUGGAUGACUUACCUGCCGAAGAAGCCCCAGAGCCCCCACCACAGCGCCCCCAGCGUGAGACCCGGGGGCGGCCGCCCAUCCGGUAUGGAGAGUGGGUUACAGGAAGCGGUUCUAGGGACUAGAACCAUUUCGGCGGGGGAGGAUGUCACAGGUGACGUUUAAUUGAACGACGGGCGGAACCCGGCUUCCACAUUUUAUUUGGACGACGGGCGGAACCCGGCUUCCACACUUCAUUUCCGGGGUUUCCCCAAAGGCAAAAUUAAGCCUGAUCACGCUCAGACGGAUCACGCUGGUCGGAUCGCUCUCCUGGGGAAGAGAGUGAGAGGCAGUCAGCGAACGAAGGGGUAUUGUGGAGUUUAUGUAAGGAGGAGUGGACACGGAGCCAUCGAGAGCACCGUGAACAGAGGUUAUUGGCAACUAAGCGUGAGUAACCGCUGUGAUACUUCUCUGCAAAUGUCUUGUAUGAAGGAUUACCCUGGUGUGUGUUCUUGUGUUUCGUGAGGUCCCUGGCCCCACUGGAGAGGAGAGCGUGGGUGAGCCGCGGUUGACCAGAAGCGUGGACGAAGCACCCGCCGCCAGUAAGCCAGUGGCCCUGUGGGAAAGAGGAAGUGCAGGUGAGCCAGGGAAGUGAUAACCGACACGCCGGGCUUGUGAAUACCAUACAUCUCUCCGUCCCUUGGGAUCCAGUUGUUGCCCAACCGAUCUCUCGAGGUCGUCGUGGUCAGGUGGCAAGGACGAUCUAAAAUUCACGUGACGUGGUAUAAGAGUGCUGUGGGUGAGUUUCACUGAUUGAUGGUGUUUACGCUUGACUUGCUGUGCGUAUGCUGUGCUUAUAGCGUUCGAACUGCCCAGCCUCCGACGAGACGCGAGAUGGUGACAUCUGUUGCGGCCUGAGUCCUAUAGAGAGAGAGAGAGAGAGAAAAUCAAGCUUUGCGCCCGGGGCGUGACAACGAGAGCUUCGCCUUCUACCUACCUGAACCAGUGGAGCUCCGUGUGGGAACGAGGAUCCCCCGGCACUGUGAGUAACGCAGCCUGUGCAAUAACCUGUUCUGUGCUGAUAGCAACAACUUACCUGAACCAGUGGAGCUCCGUGUGGGAACGAGGAUCCCCCGGCACUGUGAGUAACGCAGCCUGUGCAAUAACCUGUUCUGUGCUUAUAGCAACAACCUACCUGAACCAGUGGAGCUCCGUGUGGGAACGAGGAUCCCCCGGCACUGUGAGUAACGCAGCCUGUGCAAUAAC